CAUCCGCGCCCCCUCCCAUCCCCCGACGCUGCGGGACCCGGGGGGGGCGGCCAGGCCCAGACCUCGGACCCGGAACCCCGGCGCGCCGGCCUCGAGCCUCUGCACCGAGCCAUGGAGCCUCCGCCCCCCCAGGCGUCCCCCUCCCCAGAACCAGGCCCCUCCUCGACCCCCGAAGCUCCGGGACAACCUCCGAGGCUCGGCCGCUACCUCCUCAUUGACACGCAGGGCGUCCCCUACACGGUGCUGGUGGAAGAGGACCCCGAGGCGCCCACAGGGGAGGUGUCUUCAGGGUCGACAUCCCGAAAAUGCUACAGCUGCCCAGUGUGCUCCCGGGUCUUUGAGUACUUGUCCUACCUGCAGCGGCACAGUGUUUCGCACUCGGAGCUCAAGCCCUUUGUGUGUGCUGUGUGUGGGAAAGCCUUCAAGCGGGCCAGCCACCUGGCCCGCCACCGCUCCACGCACCGGGUGGGGGGCGGCCGGCCGCACGCCUGUCCCCUGUGCACGCGCCGAUUCCGAGACGCGGGGGAGCUGGCCCAGCACAGCCGCGUCCACUCCGGGGAGCGCCCCUUCCAGUGUCCGCACUGCCCGCGGCGGUUCAGUGAGAGAAAUACCUUGCAGAGACACACUCGGAGGAAGCACCCGUGACAGGGAAUGCUGGGAUUGCAGGGGGGCUCCUGUGCUUGCCACGGGGUGACCUCAGGGCCGGACCUCUCUAGCGAUGACCUCUAAAGCCCCUUCCAGCUUUACUCGGACACCGACGUACCUCGUCCCCAGCCCCUUCCUUCCCAGCCUGAAGAGGCCACCCCAGAGGGACGGGCCCAGCAGGCGGCUCCUCCUCUUGACCCCAGCCCCAGUGCAGUAAAGGAGAGCCUUCCUGGGCUGGGGGAGGUGGCCAGGUCUCCUGGGCCUCUUCCUUCCAUCCGGCCCCCCAGGGCUGCAAACCAAUGAGCGGAAUAAAUGGGAAGCGAGUUUUCCGGGAGGAGACUCCAGAUUUGUAAUUGAGACAAGUGCAAAAAGGGCCUGGGGGGACCCCGUGUGAACUAGCCCCCCCCCCCCAGGGCUUUGCUGGGUUCUCGGGUGCUCCUUGGAAGCCAUGUGACCUCGCAGACCACCCAAGGUCUGGGGCUCCAUCCGUUAGGAUAGUCUCACCUCCCAGGACUGGGUUGGGGCCUGCCCUUUCCGUGGGGGGGACCCCAUGCCAUGUUGGGAGGUAGGGGCUGGGCUAGAGACAUCGAGGUCUUGUGGGAGAAAUGGCCAGAAUUGGGUUCAAGUCUUCACCUCCCAAAUGGCGCCCUUAGCGUCCCUGUUUUGGAAUAAAGAGCAAGUGAAAACA